ACUCUUUGGUCUUAUACCUAUGUGUUUUGUGGUGAUGUUGUGAACGAAGACAGUUAUUUUGGAGUUGUUAUAACCGCAAAAAUAAGCAAGCUAGGAUUAAAGAUAUUUGAUAUUGGUUACGUUUCAAGUAUUAUAUUACUGUUUUAUCUUUAGAAGUGCUAUGUGCUAAAAGUUUUCCAAACCCAUAAGUUUUGACGAUAUGGCUCUCACCGCAGACGAAGUUGCACAGCGUUAUCCUAUUCACUGGCUCGUUUGGAACAACCAACAUGAAGAACUUAAGAAAUUAUUGGAAGCUAAUAAAUACUCUACUGAGGAUCUGGAAGCAAAAGACCCCAGAGGACGAACACCAUUACUGUUGGCUGUGACUUUGGGACACACUGAUGCGGUGCGAGCGUUACUCGACGCCGGCGCUGAUGUCAAUUGUGAAAAGGAUGGUUGGACAGCGGUGCAGGAAGCUACCGCUACCGGCGACCAAGAGCUACUCUCACUGGUGCUAUCACGGCGGGACUAUCAACGGCACGUGUUACGUGCUGGAGGUAUACCGGACCUCCUGAGACGACUGAGUCUCGCCCCAGACUUCUAUGUGGAAAUGAAAUGGGAGUUCACUAGUUGGGUGCCGCUAGUGUCGCGAAUGUGUCCGUUCGAUACAUACAAGGUGUACAAAAGAGGUGGGAACGUGCGCGUCGACACCACGCUCGUAGGCUUCGAGAACAACCGCUGGCAGCGCGGCGACCGCACUUAUAUAUUCAAAGGGCAAGGCAGGUCCGCCAGCCUGGUGGAGCUGGACCACGCGGCGGGCACGGCGUGGCGCGAGGCGCUGGAGUCGGAGGCGCGCCCCCCGCCCCCGCGGCUGGUGGCCGCGCGCCUCGCCGCCCCCCUCGCCAUCAACUACCUCGACACCGACAAGAUAUGCUUCGAGAGGAACAAGAGCGGCAUAUGGGGUUGGCGGCAAGACAAGUGCGAGAGCGUGAACGGCUACGAGUGCAAAGUGUUCAGCGCCAACAACGUGGAACUGGUGUCCAAGACGCGCAGCGAGCACCUGCCGCGCGGCCGCCGCCCCGCGCCCCCGCGCGCGCCCCUGGCCGGCCUGCUCGCGCUCGCCGACGCAGAGCCCGGCGUGCAGCCGCCGGAGCAGGAGGAGCCGAGUACUCCACAGAGCAGUAGAUCCAGGGAAGACUUGUCAUCUGUCCCGGUCUCCUGGGGGGACUACUUCAGCGGGGAACAGCUGGACCGGGACAUCGGAAGACCUAAACUCAUAGAAACUAAGGUGCAGAAGUUCAAGGCGACGCUGUGGCUAUGUGAAGACUACCCCUUAGAGUUGCAAGAGCAGAUAAUGCCUAUCCUGGAUUUAAUGGCGGCCAUUUCUUCACCACACUUUGUCAAAUUGAAAGACUUCGUGCAAAUGCAACUACCCGCCGGCUUUCCAGUAAAAAUAGAAAUCCCGUUGUUCCACGUGCUAAACGCCCGGAUAACGUUCGGCAACAUAUUCGCGACCGAGUCGCCGGUCCCCCACAUAGAGUGCAUAGAGGAGGGGGACCGGCUCUCGUGCGUGAUCGACGACGCGUGCUUCAACAUCGGCAGCGGGUACCGCGACGCGGCCGCGCCCGACGACCGCCUCACGUGCACGGACGACGAGGAGAGUCUGCUGCAGUACGCGAUACAGCAGAGCCUCAUGGAGGCCGGCACCAGUGAUGAUCAGGUGGACGUGUGGGAGGCGCUGCGCGGCGCGCGCCCCUCGCCCCCGCCCCCCGCACUGUUCGCGCAGCACGACCCUCAGCUGCAGAGAGCGAUAGAGGCGUCGCUCGCGUCCCUCGCGUUAUCCCCGGGCAGCCCGCCCGCGCCCGUGGGGGACGAGCAGGGGGAGGGGGAGGGGGAGGCGGAGGGGGACGCGGACGCGGAGUUGCGUGAGGCGCUGCUGUUGUCGGCGCGCGAGCACGCCGCCCGCGACCGGCAGCUGGAGGCGGAGCAGCGGGCGCUGGACGAGGCGCUGCGGCUAUCGCUGCUAGAGAAAUAACAGAUCUCAUACAACUGUAAAGCGUCCACCAAAAGAAGACUUAAGUCUAUUCCUACUUUUACACGACUAGUUGAAUUUUAUAAAUUUAAUUAUCUUUAAAUAUUUAUUCUAUGUUAUACGUUGAUGAGGCGGUGAAAACGACACCUUAUUACUAUGGUAAUAACGACUGUAUUUGUUUUAUAGGAGAUGAAAAUUAACUUGUUACACUGAUCCAUCGUGUACGUAUUCUGUUACUGUUUAAAACAUUUGUAUAUAUAGACAUGUCAGCUUAUGUACAACUUAAAUUUUUCAAAUAUUUUUUUAUUCAUUUACUUUAACCUUAAUACGUAUGUAGGUAAGGUCAUAAUUGAUUGCGGAAAAUCGACAUUUUGUAUUAAAAUGAUGUGCUAGUGUACACUUUGGCCAAAGUAAUCUAUAGAAACUAAUAUUUAUAAUUUCUAGGUCGAUAUCCGAUAGUUCUAGUAGGAAUUUAUGUUGGACCGUUUUUGGGCCAACAAAUGAUUCAAGAUCGAUGGACCAACUCAACUUAUUUUACUACUCGGUAGGUCAAACUUUUGUAUAUCGAAUGUACACACUACUGCCGCCAUAAUUAAAGCUCCACAUUCCUUCCAGCCGGGUCAAUGCAGAAAAUGUAAAAUGAAUGUAGUUAUUUUCUCUCUUAUCUCAGAUGAUGAUUGCUUUGACCAUUUUUGUUUUCCAUUUCCUAUAAACGAGUGUUUAGUUACUUAAAAACUUGUGUGAUAUUUAAAAAGACUCAAACAAUAAUACAGUCACCAUUAAAAUUCAAUAAUAUCCAAUUAUAUUGCCGAAUUUUAAAAGAUUACAAAUGAAAAAAAAAUGCAGUAUUUGUACUGAAUUCUAUAUUCACAGUGCAAGUUUAAUAUUUGAACAAUCUUUAAUAGGAGCCUAAAGUCAACAGUUUAUCUAUGUAUAUGUUUGAGUCUGGCAAUAAGAUGGUGGCAAAGAUAGACUUAAUUACUCGCAAACUAGAACGAUUAUUGUCAAAGUCCAGUAUAAUUUCACCGGCUCACAUAUUUAUCGAUUUUUUUUUAUAAAAAGCAACGUGCUGCCGUUUUCUGUGGCCGGGAGCUGCUUUAUAAUAAUCAUAAUGAUUUACGAGUAAGUAAAUUUAAUUUAAAGAUGUGUGGUAUGAAAUUGAAAUCUUUAAAUGUACCUAUAUAAAUGUUGGUACAGUAAGAUAGAAUACCUUGUGCCCAAACAGAAUGAUUCAAGAACUGCCGGAUGUGAUUGAGACUUUGAACCUUAUAGUUAUUGAAACAAGGCUCAUUAUAAAUUUUAAACGUACGUUCGGUCAUCGGUAUUGAUGGAGCCGUUGCCUAAUUGUCUAUAUUCAAAUACUUUCGCAUUCCCUUUCAAAGGUAUAACAGUUUAUGUAAUUGUGUAAUAUAAUAAAAACAUAUCGACGCUGGAAAGCAAACACGUAGUAACCAGCAAAACCAAAUUAGAUAUUUAGAAUGGAAAAUCUUUAUAUUUUUCCAAGAAAAAAUAUCUUCUUUUCGUAUAAAUUUAAUAAGGAAC